CUCUGGGAGGCGGCCAAUGAGUGCGCUCGCGGAGAGCAGCGAGGCCAAUAUGGCUUCCUGCACCUGGUGACGGUUGAAGAAACUGUUAGGUCUCAUGGAGAAGCCCCGGGGCGUCGAGGAGACUUCAGAACCAAUGGAGGAGGAAGAUGAUGACUUGGAGCUCUUUGGUGGCUACGACAGUUUCCGGAGUUAUAACAGCAGUGCGGGCAGUGAGAGCAGCUCCUACCUCGAGGAGUCAAGUGAAGCAGAAAAUGAGGAUCGGGAAGCAGGGGAGCUGCCCACCUCCCCCUUGCAUUUGCUUAGCCCUGGGACUCCCCGCUCCGUGGAUGGCAGUGGUUCUGAGCCAGCUGUCUGUGAGAUGUGUGGUAUCGUGGGUACGAGGGAAGCCUUCUUCUCCAAGACCAAGAGAUUCUGCAGCGUCUCCUGUUCUAGGAGCUACUCCUCCAACUCCAAGAAAGCCAGUAUCUUGGCUAGAUUACAGGGAAAACCACCUACCAAGAAGGCCAAAGUCCUGCACAAAGCUGCCUGGUCUGCCAAAAUUGGAGCCUUCCUCCAUUCCCAAGGGACAGGACAACUCGCAGAUGGGACACCAACAGGGCAGGACGCGCUGGUCUUGGGUUUCGACUGGGGGAAGUUCCUGAAGGAUCACAGUUACAAGGCUGCUCCUGUCAGCUGCUUUAAACACGUCCCACUCUAUGACCAGUGGGAGGAUGUGAUGAAGGGGAUGAAGGUGGAGGUGCUCAACAGCGAUGCUGUGCUCCCCAGCCGUGUGUACUGGAUCGCCUCGGUCAUCCAGGCAGCAGGGUACCGGGUGCUGCUCCGGUAUGAAGGCUUUGAAAACGACGCCAGCCAUGACUUCUGGUGCAACCUGGGGACUGUGGAUGUCCACCCCAUCGGCUGGUGCGCCAUCAACAGCAAGAUCCUGGUGCCCCCGCGGACCAUCCAUGCCAAGUUCACCGAUUGGAAGGGCUACCUCAUGAAACGGUUGGUGGGCUCCAGGACGCUUCCCGUGGAUUUCCAUAUCAAGAUGGUGGAGAGCAUGAAGUACCCCUUUCGGCAGGGCAUGCGGCUGGAGGUGGUGGACAAGUCCCAGGUGUCACGGACCCGCAUGGCUGUGGUGGACACGGUAAUCGGGGGUCGCCUACGGCUUCUCUACGAGGAUGGCGACAGCGAUGAUGACUUCUGGUGCCACAUGUGGAGCCCCCUGAUCCACCCAGUGGGUUGGUCAAGGCGUGUCGGCCAUGGCAUCAAGCUGUCAGAGAGGCGCAGCGACAUGGCCCACCAUCCCACUUUCCGGAAGAUCUACUGUGAUGCUGUUCCUUAUCUGUUCAAGAAGGUUCGAGCUGUCUACACGGAAGGCGGUUGGUUUGAGGAGGGGAUGAAACUGGAAGCCAUUGACCCCCUGAAUCUGGGCAACAUCUGCGUGGCAACCAUCUGCAAGGUCCUCCUGGAUGGCUACCUGAUGAUCUGUGUGGACGGGGGGCCCUCCACAGAUGGCUCAGACUGGUUCUGUUAUCAUGCCUCUUCCCACGCCAUCUUCCCAGCCACCUUCUGCCAGAAGAAUGACAUUGAGCUCACACCCCCAAAAGGGUAUGAGGCUCACACUUUCAGCUGGGAGACCUACUUGGAGAAGACCAAGGCGAAAGCAGCUCCGUCAAGGCUCUUCAACACGGACUGCCCCAACCAUGGUUUCAAGGUGGGCAUGAAGCUGGAGGCCGUGGACCUCAUGGAGCCCCGGCUCAUCUGUGUGGCCACUGUGAAGCGGGUGGUGCACCGUCUCCUCAGCAUCCACUUUGAUGGCUGGGACAGCGAGUAUGACCAGUGGGUAGACUGUGAGUCCCCGGACAUCUACCCCGUCGGCUGGUGUGAGCUCACCGGCUACCAGCUCCAGCCGCCCGUGGCCACAGAGCCCACCACGCCUCUGAAAGCCAAAGAGGCCACGAAGAAGAAAAAGAAACAGUUUGGGAAGAAAAGAAAAAGAAUACCACCAACCAAGACCCGGCCCCUCAGACAGGGGUCCAAGAAGCCCCUGCUGGAGGACGACCUGCAGGCGGCAGAGAAGAUCUCGUCGGAGCCCGUUCCUGAUGAAAUCAUUACCGUGCGUGUAAAGGAAGAGCAUCUCGACGUGGCCACGCCUGACAAGGCCCCAAGUCCAGAGCUGCCCGUUCCCAUCGAGAACAUCAAACAGGAGACAGACGACUGAGACUUCCUCGUUGCUGCCCAGCCGCCCAGCUGGCAGCCAGCCCAGGGCGCCUCGACUGCCAGCACCCCUCCACCCCACUUUCCUCUGGAGACUGAGCCUUUCUGCAUGAAUGCCGCCUGGUGCUGUGGGCGCUGGGCAGCGAACGAACACCCAGGGUCUCCCGGACCCGCCCUGUCGCCUCUGCCCCCUCCCUGGCAAGGCCGGCAUGACUAGGGCUGCUGAGACCCACAGACUCGCCUGUGAGCAGCUCCCUCUCCAGCUGGAGUUCCCGAAGCUCUUCCUUACCAGCCUCCAUCCACACCCACCGUGUCCCUCAACUGCCAGGGGUGAGGGGCCGCACACUGGAGGACAAGUUGGUUGGUGGCGGGGGUGAGCUCAGCGCGCCUCUGUGUGUGUGUGUGUGUAUGAGCACACCCAGCAUGCGUGUGUGUGUGUGUGUGUACGAGCACAUUCAGCAUGUGUGUGUCUGUGUGUGUGUAUGUGUGUUCGAGCACACACGUCCCCUGAGAGGGAGGCUGCCACCAGCAUUGAACUUAACCCGCUCUGGAGCCCAGGGGGGCUAGGACCUGUCCUUUUCAUUCUCCUGUUAACCAGGGACGGGUCUGGCCCUGCCAGAAAGUCACAGGGCUGCGACAGAGUUGGGUGGUCAGCCCUGCUGGCUGAGGUGGCCCUGGAGGAACUCCUGGAGGAAGGGACACACUUCCUGGCUCGUUUUCCUCACUGUUCGUGUCCUUAACUCUGUAACAUGUUUUGAAUCUCCUUCUCUCUAAAGUACCUUCUAGAAGUUCAUCUAGCAUCUGCCCAAAUUUCAGCUGCUUUUUUUUCCCCAGUUAGUCUCCUUUGAAACUGUCUCCUCCCUCUGAUCCAUCCUCUCUUCAAGAGACCCUCUUCCUGGAACCUAAGGUGAUGGCAGGUGCUGUCCUCAGCCCUUUUCUUUCCUUCUACAUGUUUGGGUAGUGACGGCACGGCAGGGUGGGUCCCUGUGUCACCCCUUUAAGGGCUGCAGCUGUGCCGGGCGGGUAUCUGGCUUCCUGGACUGUCAGGUGCUUGCCAGAUGGGGUGCUGACCGUGGAUGUGCUCAGGACCCAGCUGUUGGGUGUCAUCCCAGAGAUGGGGUGACCAGCCCAAGGGGAGCUGAUUUCCUGUCAAUUCAAAGAGAACUUGAUCCUUUCUCCUUUUCUAAAGACACUCUGCAGGCCCACAUGGUAUAGAAACCAGGCCCAGAAAGCACCCUCUUGCAGCCUGAAUUCCCCAAAACAUUACUAGGUGUGUGUGGAACACAGUGAUGACCAAGGACGGGGCAGGUCCCAGGAAAGAGGGACCAUGCCUGACCCCACCCCCAUCUCACACACACCAGACUUGAGUGGUGAUGGGUCAGUCAGUGGCAUCAGCUCCCAGGGGAGGAAGGUGGCAUGUGUGUGCACUUCAGCUCUGCCUUUGUUGAGGGUAAACUGCUCAGCUGAGAAUAAUUCAUCGUCCCUGAUGCUCUUGCCGUUAAUGGAUCCAGUUCUGACUGAAGAGCUUCUAGGAAAACAGGACUUGUAUGGCAUUUUGGCCUUCGGUUGCUUCUUCCUGAAUGGAGAAGUGAAAUCUACAGGUGCCGUGAGCACGACAGGCAGAGCUGGAGGGCACGAUUAGCUGCCGUUGCGGCCCUGGACUGGCCUCCCAUACUUAACUUGCAUGAGACAAUUGAAUCUCUUUUUUGCUGAA